CUCGGCAAAAGUGUUAUUUAUUUAACGCGACUCACGAAUAAGAAAUGAAAAAGAAUGUAUCCUGCGAAUCACAAGACUAUAUUCGUGCUGGAUCAUACUCCAUAUUUUGGCAUCUCCACUGAGUGCCCGUUGGAAUUUGACUUUCUCAAGAGCAGGGGACAAAAUCUGAUUCCGCUGGCGCCGGUCUGCAAAUCUCUAUGGACCACCAGUGUCGAGGCCUCGUUGGAGUACUGUCGCAUUGUGUGGGAUCUCUUUCCCACAGGUAAAUUGAUUAGAUUUGUUGUAACUGACCGUGCGGCUUACGUUCUUAACUCAUGGAGCCCCUUGCAACAGAAUUUGAAUCAUAUAAUGAAUGGCACUGCCAUUUUAGGAGUGCCAACAAAGACACCGGAACCUGGGGAGGACUAUUCAGUUAUACAUGGUUUACGUGUAGCAAUUGAGACUCUGAAUGAGUGCUCUGAGAUACAGCACGAGAAAAGAACUUCUCUUAACGACAACACUAGCAAGCUGAUAAACAGAGGCCGAGUAAUAUGCAUUACGAGUGCACGUGACAACAACAACAUGAAGAGCUUGGAGAAUAUAUUUCUAAAUGAAUUAGCAACAGAAAACAAGAACGCGCUAUCUUCAGAUCAUUUGAUUCCCGUUGAUUAUUGUCACUUGGUUAUACUAAACAUAUAUCCCAACAAUAUUGACUCCCAAGUAACUAGUCAAGGUCCUCGAGAGGUAUCGCCGUUUCUUACAGUAGAAGUGCACUCCAUCAAAGCCUCGGCGCUUCAUUCCAAGUUAUCUCAUCUGAUUUUGUCUCAUUAUGAUUUGGCCAGCACUACGGUAACGGGUAUACCUAUGAAGGAAGAACAGAACGCCAGCUCAUCCGCCAAUUAUGAUGUAGAAAUAUUUCAUUCCUCCGCCGCACACACUGCAAUUUUAAAAGGUAAUCCACAAGAUUCUGCAUUAAUAAAGACGUUUAGGCGUUUCGAGGAAGGAUCGGAAUAUGAGACGAUCACGUUAAAGUGGUGCACGCCACGCGGUUGUAGCGCCUCGGAGAUGCAAAACUGCACGGCGAUGCACCGAAUCACACCGGUGGAUGUUAAUAGUAGACCAUCUUCUUGUUUGAUUAAUUUUCUGUUAAAUGGCAGAUCAGUGAUGCUGGAAAUGGCUAGAAAGGCCGGUGGAAAGACUAUUUCACAUCUACUAGCAGCGCAUGGUGGCGAGAUUUUCAUUCAUACAUUAUCUACCGCUCGAAGCGUGCUCGAAGAUCCACCUUCCAUUAGUGAAGGAUGCGGUGGGCGUGUCACAGAUUAUAGAAUAACCGAUUUCGGCAUUCUCAUGAAAAAUAACAUACUAGUACCACUAAAACGUACUUCUAAUUCUGAUGCUGAUGGUCUAGUAGAAAAGAUGAGAUCAAGACUGGAACGCCACACUAAAUAUUGGCCUAUGACUAUUUCUAGUACUCUCAUGUUUAACUUAAAACAGAUGAUAGAUCCACUUCCAGAAUUAAUGGUGAAAGAGGAGCUCACCACAGAAGAAGUGUUCCAAUGCAGACAAGUGAUUUUUAGCGUGGUUAAUCUAGAGGCGAAACACGAGCCUUUGCCUUUACCAAGCAUCGGUGGAGGUCGCGGUGGCAAAGGAGGCGUACGCAGAGAAGAACAUUAUCGUUUACUGUGGGACGAGAUAGAAACGUUUCUUAAACAUCACGCCAACAACUCGGCUGCUCAUACCGAAGUUCUUAAUUGUUUACUGGAGAUCAGAAACAAAAACGAAAAUAACAAAGUAGAACUCGAUCAGGUGCUACGAGAGUUAGAUAGUUUCGGCAAGGAAGACGGAACCGCCAGAGUCAGCGUAAUCAGAGCGACAACGGACUCGCCGAUGUCACCACCGGCAAGCGUAUCAAUACCUCUGACUAAACAGUUACACAAAGGCAAUAUCGCCACGUCGAGGAGCCUCCUAGAUAUCUGGUUGCAACGCAGCGCUCCAAAAGAUAAAAAACCGGAUUUCCAUGGAAGAAUCAGUAGCGACGGACUUAAAGCAAAGCUGUAUCCCAAUUUGAAGGAGAUUGGAAGAGAACCUAGAGAGACCAUGAUAGACGGAUAACAGAUAAGAGAGAUGCGAAGUGCGUCAUGUAAAGACACCAUAUAUGACAUUGUAAAUAUAAUUGAAUUAAACAUUGAUAGACAUUUAUUUAAUGUCAUCAUUCAUGACUGUAUAGGACGUUUGACAAGUUGAAACUACGCGAAAAAUUAUAUGAUACAAUUAGACAUUUUUUACAUUAAAAGCAAGCAGUGUAUAUUAUAUUUCUUGUUUAUUAGUUUAAUGUGUCGACAAUUCUGUGAAAUAUGUAAUUUAUAAGAUUAUAAUUAGAAAUUAUUUCGCGAAGGAGAAAUAUUUAUAGGUUUUUUUAGACAUUCUUUUAUUAUAGGAUUUAUUUAUAUCAUUCAUAAAUCCACAGAAUUGUAUGUGUGUGUAUUCAUAUUUUAUAUAGACUGAUGACCGUUUAUAAAAGUUAAAUAAUAAAUCUGUGACAAAAAUUCAUGAAUUUAACGAAGGAUUUACAUCAUAAAAAUAAAAAUUUAGAAGUAAAAUGAAUCUAGACGCAAGAAGUAGAUCUAACAAAAGUUACAAGAUAAUUUGAAGAAUCGAAAAGAAUAUAAGAUUUGUUAAUAAAGAUUGGAAUACAAAAGGAAAUUUCGACUGGAAUGAGGAAAAUUGAACUUUUGGGACAAGAAUGAAAGUAUUUGAGGAUACGAUAGUCAUAGGAGUGAUCAUCAGUCAAUUUAAUGUUGUGCGAAGACCCAUCUGCGUGGGACGAAAGUGUUUCAGUGGUACACAUCAUUUUCACAGCUCCCUUCUCUUUCUCUACCGCCGACCGCUCUGCACCCCUCCUGCUGUUUUAUUAGUCGACACGUCUGCCGAGUGUCUGAGCCGUCUAAGCGAUACAUCGACCUCUGUCGAAUCUAUAGUUCACUUCGGCGUGCGCUUGGCCAUGCUAAUCGAUAAAUGUGGAAGGACGCCGGGCCGGACGAGGAGCAAGGAGCAGAAGAGGAGGAGGAGGAGGCGCUGGGAGGCGCUCGGGUAUCAGCGUGUAUUGGCAUGUAUUGCGCGUAAUUCGCAAUGCACAUAAAGUUCUAUGAUGCACUCACAAUCUCUCAAUUUCAAUGCUAUAGACGGUAAAACAUCUAAGAAAGUAUAAGUCGAGAAGGUAAAAAUCUUUCAAAAUCUUAGAUGUGUCCGCCAAUUUAAGAAACCGAAGAUCAAAGUCUUGCUGCUAUUCCUCUGGGAAAUGUCCUGGACUCUUCUUACCAAUCCAUCUCAAUUUAUCCAUCGUUUAGAAGAGAGAAGAUAAGAAAGUGCAGUAAGAGGAAAAUGUAUAUGUGACAAUCCAUUUCGCACGGGAUCAUUACUUUAUAUGUUGCACCUUGUAUAAUGCAAGCCGCUAAAAGAGAGAUAGACGGGACCGCCGAGGGAGAGGGGAGAGGGGGGCGAGAGGGUUUACGAGAGAAGGACGAGGUGGUGGAGGAGGAAGAGGACGAGAAAGAGGAGAGGAGGGUUGCGGAAGGGGACCAGGGAGUACAAGUGCAUGACGUAACGGUUCAUUCAUCCCGAGACAGGCGAUAGAGGAUAUCCCGGUCAAUGGUAUACUUAUGCAUGUAAACGCGCGCACGUACGUGUGUGUACGUAUGACGCACGUAAGUAUGAGUGUGCAGCAUGCACAUGUCUCUCUGUCGCGCUGCUCAUUUUUUUCGGAUGUACGCGGCUAAGCCACGUGCAUGCGUGUGGAGAUGAAGCAACACGUGGUAGAAUGUACGAGUGUCCGGUUUCUUCGCCAGAACACUGCCAUUCUUUGAAUGUCGAUUUUUUGUUUUAUAUUUAACAUGAUUGCUGUAAAACAAUCGUCUAUCAUGGUUAAACUUUCUUGGAUUUUUCGCACAAACGUUACUCGAAGAGUUGUUAAGUAUCUUCGACUUGUCAAAUUUUAUACAAUUUGUAAAUUAGACUGCUACAAUAUAAAUUAUAUAUCAAUUUAUUAUGAA